CCGAUGCUUCCGCUAGCUGCCGCGGCCGCGUCACCAUGAUCUCCGCCGCUUCUCCGUUUGUUCUACUGUUCUUCGCUCUCUUCCUGUUGAGUGCUCGGGCGAGCCCCGUGCCGAAUGCUCCGAAACUGCUGGUCGUCUCCUACGAUGCGUUCAGAUAUGACUACUUUGAGAGGCAGCUGACGCCGUUUAUGAACCAGCUGAAGAUGAAGGGUACUUACACAGACUACAUGAUGAACAUUUUUGUCACUAAGACCUUCCCCAAUCAUCACACGAUGGCAACAGGAUUUUAUGCAGAAACACAUGGGGUUGUAGAUAAUGAAUUUUUCGAUCCUGUCAAAGAUCAUAUUACUAAGUAUUCAUACAAGUUGUAUCAUUAUAACAGCAAUAUUCUGCCUAUAUGGACGAUUAAUGAAAAGAGUGGUGGACGUAGUGGCACGAUGAUGUGGCCAGGGUCUGUGUUUGAGUAUCAAGGAACUUCACCCACUUUCGCACAAACUUUUAAUGAUACAAUUUCGUGGGAGAAGCGAAUUGAUGAAUUACUAUCGUGGUUUGUGCAUCCUACGAAACCGAUAAACCUGGGGAUAUUGUACAUUGAAGAUCCGGAUUAUCACGGUCACGUUAUGGGAAUAAAUAGCCCUGCGUUUAACGAGGUUCUCAGAAAAUUGGAUAAUAUUACGAGAUACAUGCACGACAAAAUUGAUCAUUACGGCUUGACGGAUGAUCUUAAUGUGAUUCAUUUGAGUGAUCAUGGCAUGGCAUCUGUUACGAUGGAAAGAAUAAUAAAUUUAACAAACUACAUCAAUGCUAGUGAUUAUGUAUUUGUAGGAACGUCUCCAGGAUUACAUAUUUUUCCACAUCCUGGGAAAGAAGAAAUUAUUUAUCAGAAAUUAAAGUCUGCCGCAGAACAAACAAAAACGUUCAAAGUAUACAAAAGAGAAGAUAUCCCAAAGAAGUAUCAUUAUGGCAAUAAUACUCGUGUAGGGCCAAUUUUUGUCAUAGCCGAAGUUGGAUACGCGUUUCAGAACUUGAAUGACGCUAUAGAAUAUUAUAAAAAGAAAUUUAAUAUUACAGUUAACAAUCAGACGGAAUUUGGAUUGCAUGGUUAUAAUAACGAAGCUAGAGAAAUGCAUCCAUUCUUUUUUGCGAAUGGACCUGCUUUUAUGCCAAGAUGUAAAUUAGAGCCUUUCAACAAUACAGAUUUAUUUCCUUUGUUUUGCGAGAUACUUAAUUUGAAGUGCCCCAGAGUUAACGGCACUUUAUCUCAUAUAACAAAGUGCCUUAGGACACGAUCGAAAGAUACCAAUAUACCAAUAUCUACAUAUAAAAUGUUUAUUGCAGUUAUGUUAACCACCACAGGAAUUUUCUGUAUAGGAAUGUUCGUUGUGGCGACAAUAAUUUAUAGAAAAAAACGAACAUUAGGAUAUAAUUAUAGGAACUCGUAUUAUACGUUGGGCGAAUAAAACACUAGAAUUGAUAAUAAACAUGACAGUCUUUCGUUAAGUUAAUGAAUCAAUAUACAUAUGAUAGAUAUAUUAUACGAAAGAUAUAAAUUAUUAUGUUUUUAAUAAUUAAAAUAGUACAAAUAUAAAUUUUUAAAAUCUUUUUGGAUCUCUUCCACGUUAUAAGAAGACAACAUGCUCAUUAGAUACAUGAUAAUUUAGACAUUUAAUGACAUUAUUUAAUGUUGAUAUUUUUAGAUAUUUAAAAUGCUAAUUUGUUAAAUUAUAAAUUUAAAAACAUAAUAUGACAAAUUUGAAACAGUAUUUCUUUUAUUGAUAUUAAUAACGUGACUUAAUAAAGUAAGAUGUGUCGUAAUUUUGUGAUUUUAUUAUAAAUAUAUAUAUAUGUAUAUAUAUACUUUUUUCCGAGCAAAUUAUAUGAUUGUUAACUCCAUUCAACUUUUAUUUUAGAAGAAUACUGGGUGAAUCUUCUGAAAUUCAACAGCUUUGGGAUGAAAGUUUAAUUCCUCAUUUAUAAAAAUUUUCCUAUAAAUAAACAUAUAAUUUUGAAAUA